AUGGAGUUUCUCUUUCAAUGGCCUUUAGUCAUUAAUAGGUGUUUUGCCAUAGCCAUAAUCUUUCAACUAAGUGUUUGUGCUGUGACUCUACCAAACAAUGAAACUGUCCCAGCACUCAUUGUGUUUGGGGACUCUAUAGUGGAUCCGGGUAAUAACAACUACAUCAGCACUAUUGUUAAAUGCAAUUUCCCACCAUAUGGUAGAGAUUUUGCUGGAGGAAAUCGACCAACCGGGAGGUUCAGCAAUGGUUUAGUCCCAUCAGACAUCAUUGCUGCAAAAUUUGGAGUCAAGAAGAUUUUACCAGCUUAUCUUGAUCCCAAUCUGCAAGUUCAAGAUCUCCUCACAGGCGUAAGCUUUGCCUCCGGUGGUGCUGGAUAUGAUCCUCUUACUUCUCAAAUAGCAUCUGUGAUAUCAUUAUCAGAUCAAUUGGACAUGUUCAGGGAGUACAAAAAGAAGAUAAGGGAAGCAGUUGGAGAAGAAAGAAUGACAAUAAUAAUGUCCAAGAGUGUAUACAUAGUGUGCAUUGGAAGUGAUGACAUUGCCAAUACUUAUACUCAAAUACCAAUUCGGCGAGCAGAAUACGACAUUCCAUCAUACACGGACUUCAUGGCUUCACAAGCCUCAAAGUUCUUGCAGGAACUUUAUGGACUAGGAGCUAGGAGGAUUGGAGUAAUUGGUUUGCCGCCUAUAGGGUGUGUGCCCUCACAGAGAACAAUUGCUGGUGGCAUACAGAGAGCGUGUUCAGAUUCUGAGAACCAAGCAGCAUUCCUCUUCAACACCAAACUCGUCUCUCAAAUGGAUGCCCUUAAAAAAAUGUUUCCAGAGACUAGGCUCGUCUAUCUUGAUAUUUACAACCCGUUACUGUAUAUUAUUCAAAACCCUGCUAAAUAUGGUUUUGAAGUACCAGACAAGGGAUGCUGUGGCACUGGAAAUAUAGAAGUAAGCAUAUUGUGCAACCGUUAUAGCCUAAACACAUGUUCAAACUCCUCAAAUUAUAUAUUCUGGGACAGUUACCACCCUACAGAAGAGGCCUAUAAUGUGCUUUGUUCUAUGGUGGUUGAUAACAAAAUCAAGGACUUCUUCUGAGAGCAGUUUCAGU